AUGCAGUCGGGAAACUACUUGGUCGGAGAUCCUCUCUCACUGGACAGGAUACGUUCUGUUCUCAUUCGAUUGGAGGAUACAAUCAUUUUCGAACUGAUAGAACGUGCUCAAUAUGCACACAACCCUCGGAUGUAUCAAGCAGGAGGGUUUAAAGAACUACAAGAAGUCGGUUUCCCCGGUAGUUGGCUAGAGUGGUUCUUGAAGGAAAUUGAAAGUUUCCAUGCAAAAGCUAGACGAUACACUAGUCCAGACGAAACGCCCUUCACGCAGGAUCUGCCAGACCCCGUAUUGCCACCUCUCAAAUUUCCUGAAAUCCUCUUUCCCAAUAACAUUAACGUAAAUCAAUCCAUCUUAUGCUUCUAUAUGUGUCACAUCGUACCAAGGAUUACGAGUCGUACGACCCGGACGCUCGCAGCUACGAAACGAGCCCACGGUAUAACGGGAGCGGAAGAAUACGAGGAUGAUGGCAACUACGGUAGUGCAGCCACUAUCGACGUGGAAGUCUUACAAGCUAUCAGCAAAAGAGUUCAUUAUGGUAAAUUCGUCUCUGAGUCCAAAUUCCUCAAAGAACCCAAAGCGUUCAUUCCUCAUAUAAAAACGCGGAAUAUCAAAGCAUUGGAAGAUCUUAUUACAAAACCUGAAGUAGAGAAGAGACUCUUGGAGCGUCUACAAAAGAAAGCUGGCACUUACUCUCAAAGUUUGGAUGGGUCAGUUGGUGCAGAAAAGAUUGACAUUACGAGCAUAAUUGAGUUGUACGAGAGUUACAUCAUCCCGUUGACGAAGGAGGUUGAGGUCGAGUACUUGUUACACCGAUUGGAUGGUUUGUCCGAAGAGGACAUCGAAAGAUUAGAGAAGAAAGGAGGACCUUAG